UCAGGUGCAGGUAAUAUGUCAAUACCAUAAGUAUUGUGGAUAACUGUUAGACCGGCAAUUAUAUUUUAGGCAGCAAGGCUAUAACAGAGACUUUCUCGAAUAUACGAUAGACAAUCAUUUGUGAUGUUGGGGGGCAAACCGCUCCAGCCCACAACAAAUAUUCACCGUUAUUCUCUCACCAACUAAAAAGUUUUUACAGAUAACAUGACAUUGCUUGUGCUCGGGACGAGGAAGCCUGGGACGCCAUGUUUCCUCUUGAGGUCCCUAAUGGCAGUCGUGACUUAUUCGCUGGUUUCUGGUGGAGUGUGUGCUGCCCAACGCUCCCCAGGCCUCGAAGGCACUCAACCGACGCUGUUGGAGUCAGUAGAAGAGUUCUGGCGGGAAGUGGAGGAGGAGCUGCAAGCGAUGUCUGAGCUCCUCAACUGCCGUCAGGAGGACUUCAAGUGCUUCCAUAACGACACUCUGCUGCUACACCAACCGGCCGACGUCGACUACAACGGCCUCACCCAGCCGUGCCGCUGUGACUCGGACUGUCUGCUGUACGGCGACUGCUGCGCCGACUACGCAGCAGCAGCAGCAGCGCGCGUAGCUAGUGGCGCGACUCUGGGUGAUGCUGAUCUGACACUGAAUCUACAGCAGGGCCGUGCUGCUAACACGACAACAGAGUACCAGACUGAGAGUCGUGCUGCUAACACGACAACAGAGUACCAGACUGAGAGCCGUGCUGCUGACACGACGACAGAUUACCAGACUGAGAGCCGUGCUGCUAACACGACAACAGAUUACCAGACUGAGAGUCGUGCUGCUAACACGACAACAGAUUACCAGACUGAGAGCCGUGCUGCUAACACGACAACAGAUUACCAGGCUGGGAGCCGUGCUACUGACAAGGUAGCAGAUUACCAGACCGAGAGCCGUGCUGCUGACGCGACAACAGAUUACCAGACUGAGAGCCUUGAUACUAACAAGACACCAGGUUCCCUGACAGAGAGUCGUUCGGCUGACACGACACUCAGUUCUCCUGAGGGGAGUCAUGAUGCUGACACGACACACAAUAUUCAGGAGGAAAUUCGUGUUUCUGAAACUCAUAGAGAAGGGUCGUUCACAACAUCUAUUUCUCCGACAAAGCGUUGCUGUGCUGACCUGACAUUUGAUACCCAGGCCAUGACUAGCGCCCUGAGCAGCGCCGUGGAGCACGACGUCCUGAGUAUCACGUCAAGUUCUAUUCUUCAGUCACUGCCCGAACGUCGAUCAUUCGUAUGCGCCGCUCUGGACUUCCAGAUGACGGGGAUCUACAUGGUGGGAUCAUGCCCUUCAAAGUAUCAGGACACGGACUUGGAACAACAAUGUCUCCGCACGGUAGCAGAAACGAAUUACACGUACUUAAUGGACUUGCCUGUGACGUCGCACAGGUCGAACUUGACGUACGUCAACUACUACUGCGCUCUGUGCCAUGACGAUGCUAACAACCUGCAUCGCUGGAAUGUCUCGAUCAAGUGUGCACGCUUCCCUAAAGACGUCUCGAUGCAGCAGUUCUUGCAGAAGGCGAAGUACCGACCAGGACUGCGUCAGUGGAAAUCUGCAUCCCAAGCCUUCUGCCUCUUUACGGUAGAAGAGUUCUCGAGACCAAACGACUUCAUCGGUCAGUUCAGUGGCCGCCAGUGCGUCAACCCGAAGCCAAUCUGCUCCAUAGACGACAAGUGUCAAAGCCUGGUAAGAGAAUGCAGUGCUUCUUGGCCCAGCAACCGAGACAGAGAGAAGUGCCGUCAAUAUGCCAUGACAAGUCUUCAUGGUAAAAUAUCGUACAAAAAUCCUCACUGCGCUCUCUGCAACGGCGUUAACGUCAGUCAGCUCACCUGCAUGCCUUCAAAAGGCCACGUUCGGAUUCACCGCUUGAUUACACUCCCUCAAACGUUCUCGACGCUCAUGGAUUUCAAGUCCGUAAAUUGCAGCGAUCAGGAUCUCUAUGAUCCUGUCAAUCGUGUGUGUCAUAAAAUCAGGUGUGGGAGAUUGUUCACUCUAAAUGAAGGUACAUGUGUCAGAACUGGAAAUUCAUCAGCAGUAGAACCGACAUAUGGACAGGCUCUGACAAUCACAUCCGAAGACUCUAUUCUGAAUGAUUCCUGCCCUAAAAUUUCUAUUCCUAAGGAUCAGUACAGUAUUAGCGAAAGCGACUCAUCUGUGACCAUAAAAUCUUCUAAGCACAUUUAUAAAUUCGGGGAGUAUGAACUGGAAAACUUCGAUUUGCUAGUGUGUAAUGAGAAAUAUGUUUACCUCUCCACAAUAACUCAUCCACAGAAAAUUGUCACUUUUGUAGUGUUGGUAAUAUCUGUGUUGUGUUUGGCAGCCCACAUAUUAAUCUACUGGGUGUACCCAAAAAUUAGGAACUUACCGGGGAGGAAUUUAUGUUCGCUUUCAUUCAGUUUAUUGAUGGCUCACAUCCUACUUCUGACGGGAAUGAAAGCACACUGGCACUCAGGAUUAUGCAUCCUUGUUGGCAUCAGCCUCCACUACUUCUGGCUAGCAUCUUUCUGCUGGAUGAAUGUCAUGAGUCUAGAUGUGUACAUCACAUUCAGAGGUGCAGUGCAUCGAGGAUCCGACGGUAGCAGUAAAACAUUUUUGAAAUAUGCCUGUUAUUCGUGGGGUGUUCCUCUACUGGUGAUUUUAUCUGCAUUGGUUGUGCAGUUCACGGACAUCAUGCCGGAAUACCAACCGGAAUACAACGCCGGCAAUCUCUGUUGGAUUAAUAACCGGGAUGCACUUAUUCUAUUUUUCCUACUCCCCAUUGGCGUCAUCAUACUCGAGAAUGUUUCAUUAUUCAUUGCCACUUCGUACGGUAUUUAUCAGCAAUCGAAGUACUCCAAAUUUGCCAACAUGAGGUCCCAGAGUAUCAAAAAUCAAAACAAUGGACGAAUUCCAGAAAAUCCGAAGUCAGGAAGCUAUAACCAGAAAAGGACGGAGCCAAAGGAUUGCAUUCGUCUGCUGCUCUACAUCAAGCUUGGAGUCAUCCAAGGACUCACGUGGACUACGGGUUUUCUAGCCGCAUACACAGGACUGCCCGCGUGCUGGUAUUUAUUCACGGUUUUGAAUGGACUGCAAGGCUUCUUAAUAUUUAUCAGCUUCGACUUGAAAGAGAAGGUAUGGCUGGCUGUGUAUGAGAAGCUGUCUGGGAAGGUGAGGAGUCUCAGGAGUGCCAGCUUGACCACAUUCACCUCCGUAGCCUCCAGUUCAUCUCGCAAGUUCCAUAGUCACUCAGAUGCCUGCACGGAGACGAGUAGACUUGACGACGUGGGACUAGAACAUGACAAGUCAACUGUUAUGCUGAACUUCUCUGAGCUACAGCGAGUAGGAAGUGUAAUUCAGACAAUGGAGAGUAUGUCCGUGGAAAGAGCAGACCACCAUGCAGAAAACGACCAGAAAUUGUCUAGACAGAAAUUAAACGACGAUGAAUUCUCUAGAAAUGUGAUCGGCGUUGCACCAGAAGCACGCGGAAGUAUUGUUCAUUACUACGCGGAAAAAAAAAGCCUGCAAAAUAAACUGACGACUGACCAGGAGAUACACGGUUCCUCCAAUCUUUCGAUCAAAGCUCCAAAGAAGCAGAGUGGACAACUCGAAAGUAUUCAAAAGAAUGAAUUAAUCAAGGCCUUCGACGUUCGAAACAGCACUCGCCUCAUGCCCGAGGACAAGGACUCGAGUUUCAGGAGGCUUCCGAACGAUUAUCGAAAAACGGAUGUCCCCGGUGUGGUCGAGUUCUCCACUGAUCCUAAAAUACAGUUUCGGAGUGAACACAAUGAUGACGAAACAAACCUGAAGAGUAGCAACGAAGUUUGAAAAAUGAUUUUGACAGCGGCCCAAAAAAGCAGGUCUCAACAGCAGGUGACUUGGCAAUUAAUAGCUUAUUUGUCAUCUGAAUCGAAAAAAUAUGGAUAUUUUAGGGAAGGUUCAUUGUACGCUUCCUGCGAGGUGCGUUACAAUAUACGCUAGUUGUGUAAAUAAAAAACGCAAGACAAUUUGACCAAGAUUAAAUGUCUCCCAACGGCUUAUUUUUGGCGAAAAAACGAUUGUCAUUCGCUCGAGAUUUAUAAAAUUGAUGCCCUCACAUUUGUUCAGCCUUUAUCAACCUUAAGUGCUUGAAUCGUAAGGCUACUAUAUUUUAUGUGGCAUUUAUUGUAUACAUAUUAACCGUUGAGUGUUAAUAGGUAAAAAUCUUGAACAAUAAUGUCGAGCAAAUAUAUAUUAUCCAGACAACUAUCGUAUCCGCUAAUCAAAUACUCGAGUACCGUGAGUGUUAUCAUAACCAUUGCUGUGCCAUAUACGUAAGUGUUCAAACUUAUCUAUCUGUAUCGUAGCCCUUUUCAUAAUAUAAUAGUACGAUUUUGCCAAAUAAACAAGUUGUAUUAACUUAGCGAAUUUAAUAAUGAACUUGAAAAAAUCAUCGCAUUAAUAAUACAGCAUAUCUUCUUUCACAAUUUCAUGUGGGUGUACAAGAAAUGACAGACGUACGCAGAAUUUAGCAUCAACAUGACAUGUAUGAUAAGAAUGAACACUGACAGGUACGAAGUUUGUUAAAUGUUUAACUAAUUGUAAGUGUGUUAAUGUUUUUGUCCUACAUUUGCAAGCUUCCACUAGCCCAGCAACGUAUUCACCGUUUGCGAGCAUAUGCUUAAGUUCUAUUCCGUUCUUUGCUUUUUCUUCUGCUGUUCGUCUUCGUCUGGUUCUCUAAAGAUGGGCUUAGGUUGAGUAGCGGCGUAAGCAGGUGAUACCCAGUAAGGAUCAUUCUUGGCCAAGUCAUGAUAUUUGAGAAGCGCUUCUCUCGGAUCACCUUCAUCAUCUUCGAUUUUCUUGUUUUGCAAGCCCAAAUUGCGUAUGAUGUACGAAGAUAGCGUUGAACCUCCCGAGGUGACUCUUCCGCCCGUACCUGCGUUUCCAAGAGGGAGGUCGGGACGACGCGAUUUUACGGGAUCUUUCCUAUCCUUGAGCUCUAACUUGCGCGUGGAUUUGUGGCGCUCCUCUCUAAACAUUGGUAGGGCGUGUGGGGUGAUAAUUUGUUGCGACAGAACAAUGCCUCCAUCCUUGACACGCUUGCGACGUUUGCCUGCCGCUAGCACCGCACCGUUAUGAGAUCGAAUGGGGUCAUACAGUAGACGAAUCUUGCCGUCGCCGCAGCCCACACAGAUCUGGUUUAGACGAGGAUGCCAGAAGAGACUCACUAUAUGACUCUCGCCAACUGGCAUGCAAUGUUCCAAAUUCCAAGUGUUCCUGUUGAACAUCAAUAGGGACCCGUUCUUAUCUCCCUUGUUCAUUGAAGUACCGGUCACUAGAAGUUGAUCAUUAGGACUAAAUAAGCAAUCAGUCAUGUCAAAACGAUUAAAUAAACCAGUAGCGGUAAAAACAGCACUCCUUGUUUUCCUAAUAUCCCACAAUUUUAGA